AUGAAAGUUGAGAAUAUUAGAAAUUAUGAAUUAGACAGUUUCUGUCGCACAUUAAAAAUAGUAAAUGCAGACAAUCAAUUUAAUCCACAAUAUCAAAAAAUGACAGAAGAAGAAAAGGAGAGAAUGGCUAAAAUUAUUCAAAAAGUUGAAUCAAUGACAUAUUUUUCAGAUAUUGUAGAAGAAAUGAUUGAACUUGUUGUUCAAAACAUGAAGAAAGGAAUUAAAAUAAGAACUUAUGAAGUUUGUGCAAAGAAAUUUGAUGAAAUCUUUGAUAAAAUGAAAAUAGAAGAAUCAAUGUAUCCAAGUGAAAUGAUAAUUUAUGGAAGAAUAAACAAUAAUUGGAUUAAGGCUAGAGAGAAUAAAAACAUUAUUAUCAUUUGCGAAACAAGAGGUCUCAUUGAACAAGAAAGUGAAAUAAGUAUACCAAAAGGUAUUACAAUUUAUUCUUCAAGUAUUCUUUUGGUGAAACCAAAUAAUGAAACAAAUAUUAAAUUUGUUAGAUCCAAGUGA